UGCAAUGUUCUCAAUUGCAUUUAUAAACCUAAAAAGAUAAAAACAGACAAAAAAAAAAAUAGAAGAGCAAGAAGAGAAAAUAAAAGAAACAGAGAGAACAGAGAAAGAUCAUGGGUUCAGUGUCUGAAACCGUUUGUGUUACCGGAGCUUCUGGUUUCAUCGGUUCAUGGCUUGUCAUGAGACUCUUGGAGCAUGGCUACACCGUUCGAGCCACCGUGCGCGACCCAGCAAAUAUGAAGAAGGUGAAGCAUUUGCUGGAAUUACCAGGGGCGAAAGCCAAGUUGUCUCUGUGGAAAGCUGAACUUGGUGAAGAGGGAAGCUUUGAUGAAGCCAUUAAUGGGUGCACCGGAGUUUUCCAUGUCGCCACCCCCAUGGAUUUCGAGUCCAAGGACCCUGAGAACGAAGUGAUAAAGCCUACAAUAAACGGAGUAAUAGACAUAAUGAAAGCAUGCUUGAAGGCCAAAACAGUGAGAAGGUUGAUAUUCACAUCCUCAAACAAAAUCGAUAAUUUGGAGAACAAUCUCAACUUUAUAUUCUGCUUCUUUUUUUAGAUGUAUUUUGUUUCUAAGACACUUGCUGAGCAAGAAGCAUGGAAAUUUUCAAAGGAGCACAACAUGGAUUUCAUCACAAUUAUUCCACCUCUUGUAGUUGGCCCUUUUAUUAUGCCAACAAUGCCACCUAGCCUUAUUACUGCUCUUUCACCCAUCACAGGGAAUGAGGCACAUUAUUCAAUCAUAAAGCAAGGGCAAUUUGUGCACUUAGAUGAUCUUUGUCGUGCUCACAUUUUUCUAUUCGAGCAGCCAAAAGUUGAAGGGAGGUACAUUUGCUCUGCAUGUGAUGCCACCAUUCAUCAGAUUGCAAAGUUUCUUAACAAAAAAUAUCCAGAGUACAAUGUUCCCACAACGUUCAAGAAUAUUCCAGAUGAAUUGGAGCUUAUCAGAUUUUCUUCCAACAAGAUCAAAGAUUUGGGUUUCCAAUUCAAAUACACAUUAGAGAACAUGUACACUGGAGCAGUUGACACAUGCAGAGAAAAAGGCCUCCUUCCUAAUAAUAAUAAACUUGCAACUCCAGAAAAUGAUGAUGAAGCAUGCAAAGAUAUCAAGUGAUCCUUCCUAAUAUUAUUAAAACUACUGCAAAGAGGCAAAGACAACAAGAAUAAAUGGCAUAUCACACACAAAUGAAUAAAUAUAAGUCCAUAUCUUUGUGCUCUUGAUCAUGGUUUUUAAGAAGUCAGGGUUGUCUUUCAACAAGUCACCAAAUGGCAAAUGCUCUGUUUGAUUUUGAGUAUCACUUAUAUGUUAUAUUGAACUAUUUCUAUAUUGUGGUUGAGCAAUUUUAUAUCUCCCA